UUUCCAAAUUCCGCGGGAAGGUACAAAGAUUGAGGCCUGCUUUUUAGAACCGUGGGAUAUUCGCGCAGGGCAAAUCUUCGGACGCAGUGUAAUGCUGGUGAGGAACAUGAGGUCUAGGGCCUCAAUCCAGGCUCGGACUGGGUUCCUGGCUCAUUCUGCGACCUCUCACUGCCUCCUACAGUCAGGACUGGGUAUUCUUUCAAGUAGACAAAGUUAUUAAGAUCCUGCAAUCAUCAUCUAGGAGAAGGCCAGUAAAUCCUCCCUGGGAGACCGCCCAGAAGACACUGCCUCUGGCACUGAGCUAGGGACACUGCUGGCAGGAGCCUCAUCCUCCUGGCCCGCGGCGGCGGCGGCAAGAGGAUUUGCGGACAGUGGCUGGAUUGCGAACCAGUCUUCAGGUUGCACAAGGGGAGGCAGCCGCGGAACCUUUCUCCUCCUCCUCGCUCUGGCUUCCGCCCGGACCCAGUUGGUACAGGACGCAGUAGUGGGGACUUCAGCAUGGAGUCAGCGGGCUCUGGGCCUGUAGCGUCCUCCUCUUCACUGGAGGCUCCGAGGCCCACGGACGACGGGCUUUUCCUGGUUAAAGGUGGAAUUUUCCUUGGUUCUGUUGCAGCAGCAGGGAUGCUAGCUGGAUUUGUUACAACAUUAUCACUGGCUAAAAGGAAAAGUCCUGAAUGGUUCAAUAAGGGCAGUAUGGCCACAGCUGCCUUACCAGAGAGUGGGUCUUCUCUUGCCUUGCGGGCACUGGGCUGGGGCUCACUAUAUGCCUGGUGUGGUGUUGGUGUGAUCAGCUUCGCAGUCUGGAAAGCUUUAGGAGUUCACACUAUGAAAGACUUUCGAAGUAAAAUGCAAUCGAUAUUUCCAACAAUUCCCAAGAACUCCAAAUCAGCUGUUGAGUGGGAGGAAGCAUUGAAAUCUAAAUGAGAUGAGCACAGAUGAAUUCCAAAGUGAUCCCUGCAGAAAGGGUGCAGCACAACUGAAAAGGGACUGGGAGUGCUUUCCCCCUAGGCCCCAUGCAGAUUGUUGAUGGUGCUGAGCCUCCCCCUGAGCAGGCGUCUUCCUCUGUGGCUGUGGCUGUGUUGGGGAGGGGCAGUUUUCCUACAGUUGAGUAUUUAACAAUAAUUAUUGGGAUAACUUUCACAGGUGGAGAGGUCUCAGAAGAAAAUACUUCUGUGUAUAACAAUAAACCAGUUUCACACCUGAAAACAAAGUGUAUAGUAAAAGUCUGAUAGAAAAUCUUUAUAAGUAGACUCUUAACAGCAGUAAUAACUCAGUGUAUCUAAUUAAAUAAGUUUUAAGAGCCUUUCUUCUGGAUAUACAACUGAGAAUUUGGUAGACCUGUUCCUAUUAGCCAGACUCCAAAGAGCCAGGUUCAGUGGCAAAUCCCGUGCAGCAGGGAAUGGGCAUGGCUUGUGGUCCUGAACUCAGUCUGAUUCACAGCAGGCACACAACACAAGUGCCAGUUACUUACCUGGUGACCUCACUUGAUGGACCUAUAAAUUCUUACACUUAGGACAGAAAGCCAGUAACAGAUUAUAACUUGAAGAGGUACAGUUAGGUUGAAAUAAUCAGGAUGAUAAUCAUGGGUAUAAAAAAAUACUUUUUUGAGAAAUUGGUUCUGAAUCCCAGAACACUGACUAUUUGUAGUUUUGUUUCAGUUGAUAAAGUAUCUUAAAUAUUUUAAACCAGAAAGUCACCUGAGUACUAAGUCUCAGUGUUGUCACCUCCUCUUUAAUUAAUUCUUAUGUACCCAAACCCCUCAUGUACUUCAUGAUCUCUUCCAGAAAACAGAUGGAAAACAAUGUCUACAUGCAACUUUGUGUUUUUACUUUAAAAUUUUUAAAGAAGAGAGAUACUUUUAAUAUGUCAGUAUGUUCUGAGAAAUAACCUCUGGUGGAAAAUCAGUUGUGCAAUUUCUUUAGAAUUGCUUAAUCUCUACUUAGUCAGCAAUCAGGUUUAAUAAAGUUGAAAUUUCUGUUAUAAUGAAACCUUUUAGUUGUAAGGGAAAAUUUUAAAUGAAAUGUCAAAUGUGUAAGGUAACAUUUUUCUAUAGACCACAUUACCCUGUUAAAAUUGCCAUAUUUUUAAUUAAACAUGUGUAAUUGGUGUUUAGGAUUCACAUGUAACCUGUUAAAAAUCUAAGGCCAAAGGAAAGGAUUGUGAAAUUUAUCAGCCUAUGUGGAUAGUAAAAAACUCUUCACCCAUCUUCCAUUGUUAACUAAAUCUCUGUGAAGAAAGUAUUUCUGGCCGGUGAGUGCAGUGAAGGAAAGACAGGCUUUCCUUCAGAAAAUGGGCACGACCUGUAACUAUGUCUGCUAGGGUCUUGAUUUUCAUUUUCCUUAGAUGGAGAAGGCCUUUUUAUUUUUUCAAAGACCUCUCCUGGGUAGGAAAAAACACAAAUUCUCAGCUUGCUAGAGUGAUAAAAGGAGAAAUUAUUAUUAGCUGUGGUUCUGUUUGAGUCCUACCUUGUAAGCUCCUUGAGGGUAGGGACUUCCUCCCAGGCUAUGUGAACCUGCACCUACUGCAGAGAUUGAGCAUACGGGGAGGGUGGCAGCCAGGUCUCGGGAAGGAGCCAGUGCCAUCGUAGGCAGGCUGUGCUCCCAGGGGCUGGCACAAGGAGGCCUGAAUGCAUGUGCACUGCAGGAUUGAGUGAAAACUUGCUUGUGUGCUGUGCCUAAUGCUAACAAAACCCUGCCCUUAGACUUGACUUCUGUUGUCCUUGACAGAUGGCAGGGGUCCAACUCCCCUAGGACUGAUGGUGAGUCACCUGUGGAGGGAAGGUUGAUGGGGACAGUUUCCUCGAAUAGGUACAAAGCGUAGGCUCCAAUUGCAUUUUAAAAGCAAAAAUGAAGUAACAAAGAUGAAAAUUCAAAGAGAAAAGAAAGAAGAGAAAAACAGUAUAAGUACAGUGGUGUUUUUCCACUGUCAGGACUCAGAUAUCAGAAGAUUUAGUCAUUUGUCUAUGCCUUUUAUACCAGAGGCAUAAUGUUAAAUUGGUUAAUGGAAAGGAAAAAUGUUUAACAGAUAAUGUUAUUCUUUAUGUGAAGUACCAUCUGUGUAUUGAGUUCUGAAUGUUCCUGGAUAUGGAAGAGAAGAAGUGUUAUGGAAUUUCAAGUUUGCCUUCUUUGCUGUCUUUAUCUUGGGUAGAGUAUGACAAACAUAAUCACAUUUAUCUCCUGGAGCAUAAAGAGUUUUAAUCACCCUAUUAACCAGGAUGACAUUUUUCACAGACUUAAAAAGGAAUAGAACAGACAUUAUAUCCCCAUAAGCAAUCCAUUUCAUGGAGGCUGAGCACUAGAAAUGCUUUAAAGGAGGGAUAACACUGCCAUUUCCAUUUCCUGUGUAAGCCAACAUUAAGGAGGCUUUUGCUAAGGAUGUGGCUUUGAUUAGGUGAGUAUUAAGCUUUACAUGUAGAAUCUCAGUGUCCAAAAAAGCUGUUAAGAAAGCCACGUGAAGAAAGCACGGUAGGCAGAGAGGAGCGACUUCUAAGACCUCGGGAUUCUUUUAAGACAGAGUAUCCUGGUAAGUUAUUGUUGCCCUGUAACAUAUCCACCAGCAGCUAGGUGGUUGUUUUUAUUUUUUCCCAGUCCAAAAAAAAAAA